UAGCCAACGCAUCACCACAUAUUAAAAUUCAAGUGGUUAGUUGGUACAAAUCACACUUUUAAAGAAGAGUCAAGCUUUCAAAACCUAUUUUCAGAAGUGGUUUGCGUUAUUAUUAAUUUACAAACUUGUUCAUAAGGUUAUGUAAAUUGUUAGAAAUCUCUUGGGAAAUAUUCCUGUAACAUUCUUCGAAACAGCUUCCAUUGUUUGGGGUCCCUGAAUGAAUCCUUUUUGAAUUGUGCCCGAAGAAAGCAAGUAAUUCCAAUAUCCUAAUGUCUACUUUUGUAACUUCUUUCUGACCACUUUACCACCAUCUUUACAUGAAUCAUGUCAGUAAUUCAACUACGGCCGAAUGGAAAACAUAUGUGCCUUGAUUUUUUCUCCUUAUUUUGGUCCCAGUGGUAUGAUUGGACGAAGCUGGACAUUGAUAUUCAUCAGUGCUGGAUAUAAUGUCACACUAUUUGACAUAGAACACUCCCAAGUGAGUACAUGUAGGGCCCGGCUACUCCAGAGUUUUACAGGUCAGCCAAAAAUGGUGACUUUUGCACUGAAAUUCUCUUUGCACACCACGUGUUCUGAUAAAGACGGGCCACACACUAUAAACGACCUACAACAACGAAACUCCGUGGAUUUGAAAAGUUCACAGGCGUGGACGGGGGGGUAUGGAUGUAUGAUUGGACAAAUCUCGUGGACCACGUGGACCAACUGGGACCACACCUUUGGGCAAAUUUUCAUCACUGAUUCAUCACAGCCCUCCUUACUUCUGCCGAUCGUCCCUAGUCGCUGGACAGAGCUGUCUGUUGUCUCACUCACGCAAGCCCUGAUGGAGGAAGUGGGCCAAGAACCAGUGACGGCGAAGAGGGAGGUCGACGGGCUUGCAAUGAAUCGACUGCAGUACGCCACCAUCAAUGAAGCCUGGAGGCUGGUUGCCGAUGGGGUGAUGUGACCUGAAGAUGUUGACAAAGUUUGCACUAACGUAUUGGGAAUGCGUUACGCAUUCUGCGGACCAUUUGAACUCAUUCACCCGAAUGCAGAGGGCACUGCCAGCUAUCUGGAGCAUUAGGGCUCCACUAUACAGCGCGUAACGUCAACAUUCGGACCGCCUCCGAAAUUCACUGGUCCAGCCUACGAUGCUGUCGUGAGUGAUAGGCAAGUAUGAUUUAAACCUCUUGAAACUCGCGUUUAUUCAUUGCAAAUAGUUAAAUACGUUUGGCAACUUUUAUAAUGGGCAGUCUUUUGACUUGCUAGACGUAAUAGCCAUCGAGCCUUUCAACUCAACAUCCGCAGACGUGUACAACGCCUAAAAAGUUAAUAGACAGAAACAUCAGUGAAUUUAC